UUCUAUUCCGUAUUAUUUCUUCUGUUGCAUCCCGCAUCUAGCGUCGUUUUGUGCUCGGAGACGUAUCGAAUCGACCUCGAUCCGCCCCCGCGCGCGCGCGGCUCUCCGCCGGCACCCUGCUCCCGCGGCGGGGAGUCGAUUGGAGCCGGGGCGCGCGCGCGCCGAUGGCGUCGACCGCCGUGCUCAGGGGAUCCCGCCAACCGCCAACCUCGUCGUACGUGUCCAUCCACGGCGGGCGGGGCUUCGGCGUGAAGGGGACCCCCUACCACUCGCGACCCCCUGUGCCGUUCAUGCGUCGUUUCACCGACGCAUCCGCGCCGUGCAGGUAACGGGGCGGUUCUCCGCGCGCGCGCGCGCGCGCGGCCACGGGGCCUAGGAGGACGCCAUCGCUGGCUUCAGAUUGGGCCCCCGAACCCUAUCCGGUUACGAUGGCGAGCGCGUGCAGCGAUCUCAUGUGGGGGUUGAUAUGAGUGCUUAUACUAGGCUGCACACUCUUGGUUGCUUGGUACAGGUGCCAGUCACUCAAGAUGCCAAUGCUUUCGAUCGUCAGUCUGCUGUGGUGCCUCUCAGCAUUGCAAGUGCAAGUACGCUGUCAAAUCAGUUGCCUCCAUUUUCUGCUCAUCCACUCUAUACCUUGGCCAGUCAGAUUGGAAGUGCCAGUACUCUGUCGAAUCAGUUCCCUCCAUUUUCUGCGCAUCCUCUCUAUACCUUGGCCAAUCAGACUGAAGGCACCUUGGCAGAUACUUGCAUUCCAUUUGCAGCCCGGCCUUUGUCUGCCUUCGCCCAUCAGGUGGAAAGAGAGGAGCAGAUAGAUGGGAGUGGGAAAUCUGUCCAGGGGGGGGAGCGAAAGGGAAAUAUGGGUGUGAUUGAUGGUGUACGAACUGAAGCUAAUUGGGAUUGUGAAGGUGUCGUCAGUAUUCCCCCUAAGUCUGACCUUGCUGGAGGGAUAGCACCUAAGGAGGAAAGUGAGAAGGAAAUUGAUGAUAAUGGUGUGGCUACAGAGGGAAACAGACAGGGGACAGAUGGUGACGGCACCCAGCCGGAGGGCGGCAAAGGACCUGAUGGGACUUCUGCAGGCGGCCAUCAGGGUUCAGAGGGCAGCGGGAGCAACGGAGAGCGGGGAAAUUGGGAUGGGUAUGAGAACUACUUAUUGUAUCUACUGGCUGAGCAGCGGAAGGCACAGAGCGCAGAGAGCUGCAAACUUCUUGAGGAUAACCAAAAGCUUCAAGCAAGCUUGGAGUCCUUUCGCUCUGAUACUGAUUUAAAGAUGAUGAAACUUCAGCUAUAUCUGAAGCAUCUUGCGUUGAAGAUUGUGUUGGCUAUGCUCUUCGCUCUCCUGAUGGCUAUGCAGUAUGUGCUGCCGUACACUCCCGAAGGAAAGAUACUGAGGGAGCGCAUAAAGAAGGUGUUGCAGCAAGGGGAGUCUGAGUAAAGACAGCUGUUGCCGACAAGAUGAGUUGGUUCUGGGUCUUGCUAUCAUUUCACAUUUGCUUGAUCCAAGAUGAGUGUUUCUUGAUGUGGCUGUACUUUGGUUGGUACUAUAUUUGGUCUGCUUGUAUGCACUAGACCGUGUUUCUGAACAUGGCAUCUAACUGAGACAUGGCUCUACAGAUAGUAAGUAGUUAAUAAAAUUUCAUAUUGCUCUGCU